GGCAAAUGUCAAAUGUUAGUCGAGAAGGUCGAGAAUAAAAAUUUCGUGAAUGAUGGAAGACCGAUUGAUACAGUUGGACGAUUAAUAAUUUGCGGAAUUCAACGGUGUCAAUAAUAUUGGUCAAGAUAUUUCAGUGCUGAGUAAACGAUUUGUUCAUUCUAACCUAUUCGACUUUGACCUGAGGGCAAUGUUCACGCUACGUGUAUACAUUUCUGUCAACAGGAAGAAGUGACAAACAACAACGGUGACGAAAUCAUGAUUUAACAAAGAAACCGUUUGAACGUAUUUUAAAUUGUCCGUCCAUUUCUCUACGUAGAAUCGUCCGCGAAAGUUCAAAAGUUUUAGUAUUAAUACACAAAUAAUAAUUCCACCGACAAUAUAUUUAAUGAAAUAAUCACAUUGUUUAUUUAUUUAUUUAAAAUAUUGUAAUAUAAAUUUCAUAUACAAUGUCUACAUUUGAUUAUGACUUUGCCAAACCAUUCGCUGAGUUAGAACCACCGCACUGGGGUGCUUUGCGUGAAUUAUGUAAAGCCAAUGCCGAAUACUUUGCGAGUGAUCACAGCGAGGCAGGUUUUCGCUUAAACGCAGCUUUAUCAGCAAUGCUCGAUCACUUGGAGCAGGUCCGUCCUUUGUAUCGCGAGAUAUCCAAGAUAGCACCGCUAUUUGAUUUUGACCCUCAAACACCGGGUAACGGAUAUCGAAGUUUUCUCUCAAUAGUUGAUAAGUGUAUAUUACAUUCUGUCUGCAUCUGCCGCCAGCUAUGCUGCCAACAAGAUUCCAUUUUAUUCCGCAAAAGUUAUUACAUGAGAGAGGUAGAAGCUUGUCUGCAAUUGUUAGCAUCUUUGUGCACAUGCUUGCAACAUUUAAAAACUCUUUAUUUAUGGAGCGAUACACCUGUCAAUGAAAAGCCUUCUCUGUUUUCCUCGGAUUCUCACAGUCCCCAAGAGCUCCUAGAUCAAACGGAAAGUGUCAAUCAAUACAGCUUUUAUGGGAGAUGCCUAGGAUUCCAGUUUUGUGACAGCAUAAAACGGGUGCUGAAAACAAUAUCACUUUGCAUGGUCUCCUUCAGUGAAGUAUAUUACGCGAAUGGAACGCUCAUCGGAAGGUGUACCAAUUCAUUAAAAUAUCUCAUCGAUCCAGAGGCAAGGGCUCGGCGUAUAGUCAAUAUUUCUCAAUGUGCCGACAUUAAUUUUUGCAAGGACUUCUGGCUGCUCAAUGAAACAGAUUUAGUACAACGGUUGCCUGCUAUGAUGAUGCCCACACUUGCAGUAAACCAAAUGAUUUCAAUCCCUCCCGAGGAACUGGCUCUAGAAUCUGAAAAUGGUGUGAUGGUUCCCAUUCCCGUACCACGUAGUCACUUAGGAGAGCAGCCUCUGUCCGUUCGGCUUUUGAGCUCUCAUCACAGAAAAGGGAUGAUCGGCUCAUGUGGAGUUGAUCAGUCAUUGCCUAUGUCAGAAGGACUAGUGAUUCAUUGUCACGGGGGCGGGUUUGUUGCCCAAAGCUCACGUUCUCAUGAAGUUUAUUUACGUGAUUGGGCGGUCCAGCUUGGUGUUCCAAUUCUGAGUAUAGAUUACAGUUUAGCUCCAGAAGCUCCUUAUCCUCGAGCUUUGGAAGAAGUAUUUUAUGCUUACGCAUGGGCUUUAAAAAAUGCUAGUACACUAUUGGGAAGUUCAGCACAGAAAGUUAUCCUUGCAGGAGACUCUGCUGGAGCGAAUCUAAACUUGGGAGCCACGCUAAAAUGUCUACAGCUGAAUGUUCGAAAACCAGAUGGAAUUUUCAUGGCAUAUACACCAGUUCUGGUCGAGUUCAUACCUUCUCCAGCCCGCUUGUUGUGUCUUACAGAUCCGCUUCUGCCAUUCGGCUUUAUGAUGCGAUGUUUGAAAGCUUAUGCUUCAGGUGAAAAUCAACAGUCUCAAAGGGCUAAGGAGAGAGAGAAUGGGGAGUGUCACACGUCAGAGACCGAGUCAUUUGCAGAAGUAAGCGAAAGCGAUUUGAUAGCACUUGCACUUAGUCCUAAUGGCGAUGAAACUAAUGAAGAGCAUAAAUUGCCUUCAUUCCCAUCUGAUUCUACUUUGAACUCGGUCAGUCUUGCUGAAGCUGAUGCAGUACAAGUUACCCUAGAUGCUGUUACUCCUAGCAAAGUGAAUGUGCGGGAACAAACGCAAUCGCAAGAGUACAUUACACAGUUCUUAGAUCUGUACAAGAAUAAAUCAUCUGAAAAUUUAGCAGCUGUGUCAAACGGGGAAAAAACUAAAGAGGAAAAGCCUCCGGAAAAUGAGAAAUCGUGGUCUUUAUUUGGAUGGAGUUUCGGUAGUAGUAACAAGGCACGAUUCCUGGAUGCUGAAGGUGAAAGAAGUCCUUCUGACGAAUUUGUCUUCACUGUGCCUAGAGAUCCACACUUGAGUCCAUACUUAGCAUCUGGCAGUACAUUGGCACAAAUGCCGCCAGUCAAAAUUUUGACUCUGGAACUGGAUCCUUGUUUGGACGACUGUGUGAUGUUUGCUAGAAAAUUGAAAACGUUGGGCAAUCCGGUGACUCUGGAUAUACUUUCUGGAUUACCACACGGGUUUCUUAAUUUUUGCUUGGUAUCCAAGGAAGCAAGUGAUGGCUCCAACCUUUGUGUAAGAAGAAUACAAGAGCUGUUGGAAUAUAAAUAGUUAUUUACAAAUUACCUAGGUGCAUUGCGAGUUCCGAAUGUUGAAAGUUGUGAAAGAGUGCUAAUCUUGAAUCGUGGAUUAUUGAAGCCACUAUAAUAACCAUUUAUGUGCUUCUGGUUGCUAACUACAGGAUUCAAUUGUUGCUA